CGUGUGCCUCCGACAUCUGGUGACUGUGAAUGACAGACAGCACAAGCGAAAGAGCACGCAAUGCCUGCACAGCAUCGCGGCCACCAUCUAGCUCUCACGUCCACCGCCCGAUGGCCUUCAGCCCGUCCUGAUGUCCACGGUCUCGUGGACGCUUGAGCUAAUUGCAAGGCUGAAAGUACGCAGGUCGGAUGAGCCGAAAGGUCCCCAAGCAGAUAUAAAAAGUAGACAGCGAUGAUGAGGGCUGCGGCACGACAGUCAACUCAUCCAAGGCACCUCGCGGGAGGAUUUGUGUGUGAAGGUGCUACCGUGUUGCUUUGGGUGCCCCUGUCGGCGGCAGAUUCCUGAGGCGGCUACAAGCGCACAACAAGAGACACCAGCAGACAGACGGAUCAGGGCACGGCACGGCACUCAAGCUUUGGGGGGAGGGCAGUGUUCUGUAUAUGCGUACCUUCUGAAUCUGAGUGGUCUUGUCGUUCUUCUCCUUGGUGUCGGCCUGCCUUUUUCUGUGGGCAAAGGAAAUUGGCAGGUGUGUGUGCAUGAUGUCUCAUGGAUGUGUGUCCGUGUACUUGGCGGCCCCGUGCUGCUCCAGCUUCUGGUCGGGCAGGGAACAGGGAGGGAGACAUGAGUGGGAGAGAUAUGCGACUCAUUAAUCGGGCCUCACCUUGUGGAUGCCGUCCAUUCGUUUGGUGACCUCCUUCAGGCCGCUUGUCAUGCUCACCUGCGGGAAGGCAAGGCUAGAUGGGUCCCCCACCUAAUUAUGGUGAUGUCUCCCUGUCUCCCUCCUCGAUACCCACCCUCAGGCCGCUUCCCACGGGGGUGGUGUCCUCUUUCUUGGCCCCAGGAGGACGGCGCUUGACGGCACCACCACCACCGGCAGCAGCGGCAGCAGCGGCAGCGGGCUCCGCAUCCUGUCGGACAGUCGGCACGCAGCCGUGCAAGACUCAGGGUGAUACACAUCCACACAAGAGUCUCUUCCCCAUUUCCUUGGUGGUCACCAUCUCCGUCUCGUACAGUUCCUCGUCCAUAUUCAACCAACCUGUGGCGCCGCCAGCAGCGGCAGCGGCAGCGGCAGGCUCCUCAAAGAGGGUCUGCACCACACACACGGAGACUCAGCAAGGACCCAGGGGGUCUAUCAGGUUCUGUCUCUCUCCCACAGGCAACAUAGUCCCUCGGCCGUUGAAUGUCCCUCGGCUCUCCCUCUCCCUGCCCCCUCGGGCCCUCCCCUCCCGCCGACGUCCCAGGCUCUCGUCAGCGCGGCGGCACCUUUCGAGGUACGCCUGGAUCUCCCUGGGGGACGUCGGCGGCGAGGGGUUGGGGUACCCCCCAUUCCAUUUCCACGCGGCCGGCUCGCUGCUCACACACAGACACACAAGACAGACACGGCGAGACAGCCUGACAGACAGCUGGCACAGCCUUCUCCCUCUCUCCCUUAUGUGGCCUUUGGUCGGAGGGCAAGGCUCUGCAUCAUGAUCUGCACCGUCGGCAAGCAGCGCAAAGGCCAGCGGUUCGACCGGAAUUCGAUCUCUUUUCCCUCACACCACACAAGACAAACCUCUCCCGUCUUUCAGGGCUUGUGGUUUUGGGUAUCCUCCUUCUUACCGGCGUCUCUGUCGCCUGGCUGCGCUCAUAGAGCGCAAUAUCGUCGAGGGGCGGAUGCCGCUCGACCUUCUCCUGCAACUCUGCUGGCCACUCAAAAUGCGUCACCUGCUGUUGGUCUGAUAGCCAGGGGAUCUCGAGGAGGUCAUCCACCAGGCAGUGCAGAACGGGAAGAAGAUGAGAAAAGGCCAGGCAGAUAUAAAAUGUAGACGGCGAUGAGGGCUGCAAGGCCAACUUGUUGAACCGACUGCGCACACAUACAGAUACACACACACACCACAGUGUUAAGCUGUGCCAUUGAUGCGCCCCAACCACCCCUCCCUCUGUGGUCGCUUACGUGUUGGCCUGCUUGAUGACUCCCCGGCCCAUUCAUUCACGCAGUCAUGGUUGUGUCCUCUCUUGGUGUGCACCUGGCUGGUCUGCUGGCCUUGCCCAUUUCGAGGAGGGAGCACCACACGGCAGGGCCGACAUUCAGUGCGCAACGACACACACACAUCACUCAGUGGGGAGAGGGGGGGAAGCCCUCAGCCCCGCCCAUCCCCACAACGAUCUCUGGCUCGUGCAGUGGAGUGGAGGCAGCAGCAGCAGGUGGUGAAGGCGGUCGUGAUGCUAGUGUACAACUUGGCGAGCCAGCUGGGCUUC